AUGGCGUCGCGGACGACGUCGCGCCAGUCAGCUUCGUUUGACUCAGAUGUGCAGGAUGAUACGCCCAAAGAGAGGCAGACUUUUGCUGGGGUUUGCAAGAAGAUUUGGGCAAAGACAGGACUGGAUCGACCGACUGUCCUGCUAAUGAUGAAGGGCGGACUUCCGCCAACUAUUGCCGUGUCUAUUUACCAAGCCAUGACAGUCGCCCACCAAUUCACUACGCUAGGCUAUUUAAUGGCCAUUAUCUCGAUUCUGGGGUUUGCGAUUAUGCCGCGCGCAAAGUUCAUCCAGAUGAUGAUUUUUGAUGUCUUGGCUGUCUGCCUAGCGGCCUGCUUUGCGCUCUUGACGAUGUAUUCAAGUGUCAAGGCCCGGCAGCACACAGCCACAUCGUCGAUUGGCACCUACAACUCGUCUGCGUCGGCGGUUAGUGGUGUCUGGCUGUUUUUCCAGAUCUGGAUGGUUCAUACCUUCCGGGCCAAGUACCCGCAGCUACAAUUCCCGGUCAUUAUAUACGGUAUCUUUUGCAACAUUUCCUCCGUAUACGCUCCGCAAAUGCAGAAUAUGACGGCUGCAAUUUCUAUGGUGAAACGACUGUUGGAGUCUUCUCUGACCGGUCUCGCUAUCGCCACCGUUACGUCUCUCUUGGUCCUUCCGAUGACGUCGCGUCAGGCUGUUUUGAAGCAAAUGGCUGGGUACAUUGGGGGACUUCGCUCCGCUCUGAAUGCUCAUGCUGUGUACUUUGAGAGUUUGGAGAGGGAUGAUAUGUUCGGUCGCACUGAGACCUUUGAUGAUGCCCGCGAGAAGUUCACCAAGAAAGGAAAGGUCUAUAGUCCGGAGGCGGAAGCCAUUCGCGGUGCAAUUCGUCAGAUCACAGAUCUUCAUGCAAAACUUCAUGGCGAUCUCACCUUUGCGAAGCGUGAAGUCGCAUUGGGGAAACUGGGGCCGGAUGAUCUUCAGGCGAUCUUCCGUCAUCUUCGCCAGAUCAUGAUUCCGGUCGUCGGAUUAAGCUUUGUCGUCGAUAUCUUCCAGCGUCUGUCGGAUUAUAACAGAUGGAAUCAGCCCAUCGAUGCCAAUCUAGACUCAGUUCCGGAGGCUGUGCGAGAGCGCGUUGUGCAUGAGUGGAAUGAUAUCAUGAGAGCUGUCCAUGAUCCAUUUGCCACGAUGAUCCAGACUAUCGACGAGGGACUGCUGCAUACUUCCUAUGUGUUCCUGUUGACGAAGCCACCAAAGCAGAAGGCCAAGGCAGCGACCUCGAGUGACAAUUCCACCGAAGAAGCUAAAGACGUGGAAGCAACGGCUCAGGAUACCGCGCCCGGCGAGAAAGCGUUCACGGAGCAUUUUGAGAAGAAACUAGGAGAGUUCCGAAGUGCAAAGCGUCUUGCUCUGCAAACUUGGGCGGAGGAGAAGGGAAUCAAACUACCACCCGAUUUCUUUGAUCACCCUACCAGUCCCGAAAUUCUGGAAUCCGACUUUUUGGAUACCUCAGCGACGCAGAAAGAGCGUAGUCGACGACAAUUGUAUCUUUUUCUCUAUAUGGAACAAUUGUUGUACUCGACUGGUCAAACCGUUCUGGACUUUGUUCGCUAUGCUGAUCAUGUUAACGCCAAGGGGAAGUUGUCGAAGACUCGGCUGAUCAUUCCUGGCAGUAAGAGAUUGUGGAAAUGGGCCAAAUCCGUUUUGAACCCUGAAGAAUCUCACGAAGAUGACAACAUGGGUGACAUUCAUACCCAAAACAACAUCCUCCAACUUGGCGAGGCGUAUCGGCUUCGCAAGGACCCUGAACACUUACCACCUAGUACUGUGUGGCAGAAGUUUGGAGACAAAAUCCGAGUUCUCCCGUGGUUCCUUCGCUCUUUCGAGUCAACAUAUGGCUUUCGCGUUGCCUGUGCUACCAUGACCAUUGCUAUUAUUGCUUUCCUGCAUGAUACCCAGACAUUUUUCACUGAACAGCGGUUGGUGUGGGCCAUGAUCAUGGUGAACCUCAGCAUGUCUCCAACAUCUGGGCAGAGUAUCUUCAGUUUUGUGUUGCGGAUUCUAGGCACGACGAUUGCAAUGGUUGCAAGUCUUUUGAUCUGGUAUAUCCCGGAUCAAAAAACACCGGGUGUCAUUGUGUUCCUUUUCAUCUUUGUUUCAAUGGCAUUCUACAUCCCCAUCAAAAUGUUCCGUUUCAGGGUCGUGGGCAUCAUCAGCAUUGUCACGACAACAAUGAUCAUCGGCUAUGAACUCCAAGUUCGCAAAGUGGGAGAGGCGGUCGCGACUUCUAACGGACAGCCCUACUAUCCCAUUUACCUGCUGGCACCAUAUCGGCUCGCUACGGUGUCGGGUGGUAUUGCUGUCGCGUUCUUUUGGACAUUCUUCCCUUAUCCGAUCUCGGAGCAUUCGGUGCUCCGACAGAGCUUGGGUGCCUCACUCUAUCUGCUGGCCAAUUACUAUUCGAUUAUCCACGAAACUAUCUCCGGCCGCAUGCGCGGUGACGAGGGCGAUUUCCUUCUCAAGAGUUCUGCAGGUCGGAAACUUGAAAAAGCCCGACACAAGGUGUUCUCAAAGCAGAUGCUUAUGCUCGCUGGUCUUCGGACGUACUCGGAGUUCCUGCGGUGGGAGGUACCCAUCGGUGGUCAGUUUCCUAAGAAGCAGUAUGACUCCAUCAUUCUGUGUGUUGAAAACAUUGUAAACUACCUCAGUUUACUAGGUUACGCGUCUGAUACGUUGAUGCAUCUCAGUGAUGGCGAUGAUGUUACCGAUACGGCCUGGAUGCUUGAUUUCCGACGUUUGGUCGGUACAGCCAAGGUCACCACCCACGAGGUCACAUCCCUGCUUUGUCUUCUGUCUGCUAGUAUCACGAACCGACAGCCUUUGCCGCCAUAUCUCAAGGCCCCCCGGCCUUAUAGUUUCACAAAGCGCUUGGAAGCACUUGAUAAAGAUAUCUUGAGCCUUAGACACAUUGCCGAGCCGGGCUUCGCUGCAUUUGCAGUUUUGCAAAUUUCGACCAGAUGUAUCGUCGGUGAUGUUGAUAGACUCCUCCGGCACGUCAAAGGGCUUGUCGGCGAGUUAGACUUUUCUUUCCACGCUGUCAGUACGAGCGAGUCGAUGGCUCAGUCACGCAUGCCUUCGCGGGCAGGGUCGAGGGUAGACUUGAGCGAUAUGACUGGGGCAAAACCAAGUGAUCGAGACAAGACCGAUUGA